AGCAGCGACGACAACAACCAACGACGACCAGCUGACGCCGACAAGAUGGGUGCCCUCAAGUACGUGGAAGAGCUCCAAAAGAAGAAGCAGUCCGACGUGAUCCGCUUCCUGCUGCGUGUCCGAUGCUGGGAGCUCCGUCAGCUGAAUGCUAUUCACCGCGCUUCCCGUCCUUCCCGCCCCGACAAGGCUCGUCGUCUCGGCUACAAGGCCAAGCAGGGCUAUGUUAUCUACCGCGUUCGCGUAAGACGCGGUGGUCGCAAGAGGCCUGUUCCCAAGGGUGCCACCUAUGGCAAACCCACCAACAUGGGUGUCAACCAGCUCAAGUACCAGCGUGCUCUCCGGGCUACCGCUGAGGAGCGUGUUGGCCGUCGCUGCGCCAACUUGCGUGUCCUGAACUCCUACUGGAUCAACCAGGACUCGACCUACAAGUACUUCGAGGUUAUCCUCGUCGACCCCCAGCACAAGGCUAUCCGCCGCGAUCCUCGCAUCAACUGGAUCUGCAAUGCCGUCCACAAGCACCGCGAAUCUCGUGGCCUCACUGCCACCGGCAAGAAGUCUCGUGGUAUCAACCGCGGCCAUCGCUACAACAACACCCGCUCCGGCAGACGCCAUACCUGGAAGGUCCACAACACCCAGAGCUACUGGAGAUACCGUUAAGGGUACUGAGGGUUUUAGCGGGGUUUUUUGUUGCAUGCGGCGAUUCUCUUUCAUGGAUGUGUUUAUUUUAAAAAGUCUCGCAAUGACACUGUCACUGGAGUCUUCUGGUGCGAGUCUAAUGCAACUACAGGUCUAUCAGAUCCGAUGCUAGCAAAAGUUUCCGCUCGCCUAUUCUGGUUAACGAAGUAAUGACUACUUUCUGAUGGCGUUGCCGGAUUUUGCAACCUAUAGAACGAACGAGUAAGCUUGUGGUACUAAGAAUAGACCGGCAAUACGAGGUCUUAGUUAAAC